AUGUUUCCAUGUUCAUUAGGUCAUCAAAUGCGAUCAAAGAAUGAACCAUAUUCAUUACAAACAGCUCUUUUUCUUGUUUUUGAUGAAUGGCUUAAUACACGAAUGCAAUAUACUUUAUGGAAUUGUGGCAUUGAUACUAAUUUAAAAACGUACCAUUAUUACAAUACAUAUUACACUACUUACACUAGACUUCUCAAUAUGGCAACGAAAUCAUCUUAUCGAAAAUUAAUUGCUCUUAGUCAAAUUCUUCAAUGUGUAUCUGAUGCCACAGUAGAUGAUGAAAUUCAAAUGGCUGAAACUAUGGCAGUGAUGAAGGAUAAUAAAGAAGAAUUACAACGGUUUAUUAUUCGUGAAAUAUUUCAAUUGUUCGAUUAG